AUGGCCAAGAUAGCGCGACAGCCAGUGGAGCACUCUGGAAGGUCAAGCCAAAGGGGCACGAACAGACACACUGAAGGCGCUUGUUCAAGUUGCUGCGCCAUCGAUGGAGCAGAAGAUAAAAAUUUGUGUGCGUCUGUGACCUACACAGUUAGCACACGUUCGAAGAGAUACAAAAAGCAGAGACUGGAUGAUCUAGAUUGCACUAAGCCAACGGCGUCAGCAGUUAGACAUGACGAGCAACCUAAAGACAAACCAUUCAAUGAUCGAUUUUCCUCUAAGGCUUCUGAAAACUCAGAUUCAUCUUCUGCAUUUUCAUCUGUAUCGUCUGUGUGGUCAUCCUCAUCUUCAUCCCCGAAGAAGCGAAAGCACAAAUACAAGAAAAAGCAUUCAAGAGCCAAGAAACCCAAGAAGGAGCAGAAGAAGCUCCGGCAGCGUGUUCAAACGCCAAAUGACAUUGUGCAGCGAUACAAAUCCCUCCUCAAGACAUUUCCAAAGAUGAAGACCAUGACCAAAGCUUUUCAGAAGCAUGGGCUCGACAGGAACACUGUUGUGUCCACUUCAUCAGUUGGGGAGCUUGCUGUUGCGGUCCCCAAUGUUUACCAGGAGCUACUGUCCAACAGGUCAAGUGGAGAGAUGGUACUAGCUUUUGCUAAGCAAUGUGAGGCUGCAAUUCAAGGCAGUGAUGAAGUAAAAAACAAAAUAGAAAGUAUGAAGGCCACUGGUACUUUGCUUCCAAUUCGACGAGGGAAAUCUGUCUGA